CGCAGUGCGUGGUACGCUAGCCGAGCAGACAUCCAUGAUGGCUUCUGCCAAGAAAAAGCAGGACGAAAAGAACUUAAAACUUCUUCGUGACCUCGCUGCUUUACCCCACAACAAAAAAUGCUUCGACUGUGGACAGAGGGGGCCAACAUAUGUGAAUACGACCAUAGGAUCUUUCGUCUGUACCUCGUGUAGCGGCAUUUUAAGAGGACUUAACCCUCCUCAUCGGGUCAAGUCAAUCUCGAUGACUAGUUUUACACCACAAGAAAUAGAAAGUCUUCAAGGCACGGGAAAUGAGUAUUGUAAAAAGGUUUGGCUCGGGCUGUGGAACUCUGCACAACCUGCAGAACCAGAAUCUAGAGAUGAGCAAAAGAUUAAAGAUUUUAUGGUUCAGAAAUAUGAGCGGAAAAGGUGGUACAUCCCUCCACAACAAGUCAGCAAUACCAAUUCGAGUCAGGCAGCACCUGAACCUAAACCACUGAAACAACUUUUAGGAGAAAAUACACCAGCUGUAUCAGUGCAAGCACAAGCUACAAGAGAAAGACCUCGCACUGGCAGUCAAAAUAGUGGAUCAUCUGUACCUGUGUCUGUUGCACCACCCCCAGGAAUGGUGCAACAUGUAGCCCCUCAGCCAGCUCCACAACCAGCUCCGCAGCCUAAACCUCCAUCAGUGGAUUUACUUGGUGACUUAGGGGGAGAUCCUUUUGCACAACCACAACCGCAAGGUCAGUUUGGAUCACCUCCACAGCCAGGUGGCUUUGCGGAAUUCAAUGCAUUUGGCGGUCAACCAGCAGCUCCUGCUCAGAAUUCAUUCGACCCAUUUGGGUCAACAGUGCCACAGCCGGCUCAACAAGCCCAGCCAGGGUUUGCGGCAUUUGGCGCACCACCCCAGCAGCAGCCGCAACCUGCUGCCCAGCCACAAGCACAGGCCAAUUUCUUUGAUGCUUUUGGAUCACCGCCAGCAUCCUCUGGAGGAUUUAAUGCCUUUGGCACUCCACCAUCAUCAGCUCCAGCCCCAGCUCCUCAGCCAACAUCAAAUGCUGGGUUUGGACCACUAGUAUCAGCGUCUGGGGCCUCAGCACCCCAAAGUACAUCAGGAGACAGGUAUGCAGCACUCAGUCAGUUGGAUAAUUUGUUUGGUCCUGCAACCAGCAGCAGCAGCAAUAGUAUUAGUUCAGGGUCAGGCUUUGGUUCUAGUGGCUCUUCUUCAUUUGGAAUGUCUAGUGGACCAAACCCCUUCUCAAGUACGUCAUCAGGCACAAUGUCUGGAGGGUUUCAGCAACCAAAGCAGCCGCAACAGCAGCAAAUGUCCAAUCCAUUUCAAGGCCUGGGUGGAGGUGCAGCUGGCUUUGGACAGCUCAAUGGUCCUACGAGGAGCAUGAGUCCUGCUAGUACUAUGACAGCAACUUCUGGUUCAGGUUCAGUAUUCGGAAGCCAACCAGUUAGUUCAGGGUUUGGCAGUCAGCCUUCCAGUGCAGCAUUUGGUAGCAGCCAACCCUCUACUGGGGGGUUUGGUAACUUUUCAUCAGCACAGCCGCAGUCAUCAUUUGGUGGAAGUCAGCAGCCUGGUUGGGGAGGUAUGGGAGGGAUGCAACCAAUGGGUGGGCAAAAUAUGGGUAUGGCACCAGCCUCUACACAACAGAAUCUUAGCCUUGGUGGUGCUGGAAUGACAGCAAUGGCUUGGACACAGUUUGGAAAAAUGGGAGGUGGCCAGCCACAACAGCAGCCCCCAGUGAGGGGUCAAAUGAACUUUGGUGGUAAUCAGCCUGGCUUUGGCAGUAAUCAGGGAUUUGGUGCUGCUCAGCCUGCUCAGCUGGCAUCUGGAUUUGGAGCUUCCACAGGUGGGUUUGGAGCUUCGUCAGGUGGAUUUGGAGCUAAUCCCAUGUCUGGUGGUGGCGCCUUUGGAAGUCAACAGCAAGCUUCUGGGUUUGGGAAUCCUGGUGGCUUCGGGGGACAGCCAAGUGGUGGUUUUGGCGGUCAAGGAGGGGCGGCAUUUGGUGGCAGUAUGCAAGGAAUGGGAGGUGGUCAAUUUGGACAGCAGCAAAUGCAACAGUUUGGUGGCUGGCAACAGGGCCAACAAGCCAAUCCAUUUAUGAAUGCUGGAGGACAGCAAGCCAUGCAGAGACACACUCAGUCUACAAAUCCAUUUAUGUAGAUUGCAGCUUAGUGAUUAAGAUCAUGCAGUUAAAAAAAUGAGUCCAAAGUGGUUAAGAGCUACGAAGAUGGAGAACAUGGACGACAAGACUCACUGAGAGAGAAAAGAUAAUUGAAUAGCAACCUUAGGUUGUUAUUAAUAGAUUGUAUCGUAGGUUGCAUUGUUUUAUGUUGCAUGCUGUGAAACGUUUUUAUUAUUGAACAUACUUUGGAUAUUAUAAUCUCCUUAAAGGAAAAUAAUCAUCAACAAGGACCACUUUAUGGUAUCCCCACAAUAACUGAUGUUCAUUGAAUGAAUCUGUGAACUAGUUUCUAUUUUAUUUGAAUGUUGAUGGGGAUAAUAUAAACAAUGCAACCAUGAUGUGAAAAUGAUGUAAACUGCCAUUGGGGAGGUGCCAUAGUGGGCCCUUAUUCACCCUCACCCCCACUGCAAAGCCCGCCUGCCAUUGUGCCCCAUCUCCGUCUGCAUCAUAUCUAGCUGAUCACAUGUAGCUGAUCCUUCUAUGUCAGUCCCAAUCAGGGAAUAAAAAUGGAGGAACCCAAACUUACUUGUAGGUAAAGUAAUAAUAAAAGAGUAAUGGUAAUAGACGUUAUCUGUUUUGCAGUAAAUUAAGGCCUUGGAAGGCCUUGUUAUUACACAGUGCAAUUUGUACAGGUUAUCAAAUGGUGACAAGUGAGAUAAGGAAGUUAUUUCAAUAGCAUUUUGUCAAAAUAUAAAUGUCUUGUAAAAUUUUCACGGCAACUUGCAUCUGGAUUCAUGAUUUUUGAACAACUUUAUUUGGUGACACCUAGUUUUUGCCAAUUUGGCCAAUGUGUUUGACACUUUUUGUUUUCAAAAUAUGUUGCUUUCCUUUUUUUGACAUCAAAUUUUCACAAUUUUAAAACGAAAAUUGCAAAAAGUGAAAAUUUGAUUUCGCAAAAAAAUUAUGUAGUAUGGAAAACAACAUUAUAAGAAUUGACAGAUGAAAAUUUGAGAGUUAAAAUUAUUCCUUAUUUCACGAGCAGUCAGUUGAUAAUCCAUUAAUUCAAUGAAAGACAAGUUUUGCAUUAUAUCUAGCAGUCUCCAAUACCAACUAAGGUCAUAUUCAUCAACUUUUGUUUAGGAUUUGAAGGGUUGUAGUACCCGUUCCACUCUUUAGACUUUGCUUUCACACUUUUAAAAACAAUAUGAGGUAAUUAUUCCACAUCUUACACAUGUUUUGGAUCUGUCUCCUGUCAUCAUUAUUUUUGAUGCAUUGGGAAAUUACAGCAAGAGAAGGGUAACAUUUCAUCUAGGCAAACAACUUGUAGUGAUUUGUCAUUCAUUGUAACAAAAAUUGUAUGUGUCACAGGAUAGUGUGGUCUGAAUUAAUAUUUUUGUAGUUGUGACCACAUCACCCUAUUCCUUCAAUCUGAGGAGUACUGUCAUUUGACGACCAGCACAACAGCUGUGUGAAGGAAGUUAUUUGCUUAGAUCUUUGCACUGAUGUGCUGAUCUUAGUUUCCUCAAACGGUCUUGUAAUGUGUUGUUUUUCAGAAAAUGACAAUACCCCUCCCACAGAAGUUUUUUUAGUUUGAACUCCCCCACCCCUCUGAAAUUCCAGUUUAGCUUCAUACUUUCCUUUUAAAAUUUUGGCUUUUGAAAUCCCCCCCCCCCCUCCCCCUCAAAAUAUCCAAUAACCCUCCUUGAAAUGGCUAUGGAUAUUAUCCAAAACUGCACAAUACAAACAAAAUGGUGUGAUCAAGCUGACUAUGUGAUUUGGUGUACUUUGUUGUAUUAUAAACAAAUUCUGCUGUGUAAUAAUGCUUUCCAGUGCAGUGCUUUAGGUUAUUGCCUUUCUCUUCCUCCCACCCCAUGCACCUGUUAGUUCAAUGCUUUUAUGUAGUUUCAGUCCCCCGGUUUCGGUCGUAUACAAGUGGGAGUAUGGACAGAGAGGACAAAGGAUUAAUCUUUUAAAAUGUAGUUAUAGAAUAUUUUGUGUACUUACCUGAAAUAACAGCAAGAGACAGAUAAUUAUGGUUUCUGCCUAAAUUAUUUGGCAAGACAUUAUUUGCUCGAGUGUUAUGUAUUAAAAUAUUAUGUUGGAAAUAAUAAAUUGGAAUCAUCCAUAGCAGGGUUUAAGCAAACUUGUCAAUAACUUUUUGGGAGAAUUUUUGUACAAUUUGUUGCCUUUUUCCUUUGGAAAUCCUGUUGAAGGAAGCUGUUAAGUGAAAUCCGAAAUACUCAUGAACCUACCUUGCAUCUUAUCAUGGCGUGGUGGGCAAACAUGGUGGAAACUGCAAUGUUCGCGCGAGAAAAGUAAUUGUUUAGUUGCGGUCCAAACUAAACAUUAGACGUGCAUAAAUUUGCUAAGUAGGUUUCAAAACUGUAAACUUCAUCACUGCCUUGCAACAUGUUUGAUUAAAAACCUAUGGUAAAGCAGAGUGA